GGUUGCCCAUCCAGUCAGACUCAAAUUGGUGGUCUGUAGGCCUGGAUGGACAGUUAUUCCUCUGAUGGCAGCUGCUGUGGCACGUCCAGCAAAACACCCUCUAAGUGUCUCAUUUCUGAAAGUGCUGAAUAAUGAAGGUCAGCAUCGGGACCACCUGUCGCGGCUCASUAGUGGACUUGAGUAAAUUACACCCGCGUGUUGAUGAGGGGUUUUGUGGUGUGCCUCAUCACAGAAGAGAGGUCCAAUCAGUACAGAGCUGUGGAGGAGAAGCAGGUAUAUAGAUUCACUUGGAGCUGGUGCCUUUACUGAACUCUUGCAUCGAGAGACAGCAAACUGUUGUAAAAAAAAGGCAACCAUGAACUCUAUGAUCAUGCUUCUGGGUGUCCUGUUUGGCUUCCUAAACCAAGCGGACAUGCUACCUGUUAAGAAUUCAACUGAGUUACAAGAAAGCAAAGCAAGAUUGAAGAGGAAAUACUCUGAUGAACUGCCAGACUUUGAUGAUAUGACUGCUAUGGAYCAAAUCCUGGAAGUCAACAGCAAGCUGAGAGUCCCCAGAGGUCUUUCCUUCAAAGAGGGAGAUAUCGCCUUCUCUUAUGUGCGGAGUGCCAUAGACUGCCCUGGGAACGCCUGUCUGUGGCCUAAAUCUAUCGAUGGAUUUGUUUAUGUGCCCUACAUCCUCUCCCCGCUUUACGACGACAUGGACAGGAUCACAAUAGAAACAGGUAUGCAGGACAUUUCUGCUGGAUCAUGCAUCAAGUUCGUUCCUCGCACGCAUGAAGCCAGCUUCCUCGAUAUCCAACCUAGAUAUGGUUGCUGGUCGUUCCUGGGGCAGACCGGAGGCAGUCAGACCUUGUCGCUGCAGACUCCCGGGUGCAUGUGGUCAGGGAUCGCCGCUCACGAGUUCAUGCACGCCCUUGGCUUUGUGCACGAGCAGUCCCGCUCAGACCGGGACCACUAUGUCACAAUUGUAUGGAAAAACAUCAUGCCAGACCACAUGCACAACUUCAGGAAACACGCAACAAAUAAUCUCAACAGCCCGUACGACUACAGCUCAGUCAUGCAUUACGGACGAUAUGCCUUCUCUGAAGACGGCGGACCAACAAUCAUUCCCAAACCUGAUCCUUACAUUCCCAUUGGCCAGAGAGAUGGACCCAGUGCGCUUGAUCUUCAUAAAAUAAAUGUCCUGUAUGACUGUGGUGCUAAUGAGUAACUGAACCCAGAAGCCUUCGAMGUGAAGUCCUGCCAGACGACGGAUUUAUGAUUCAUGCCAAUUAAUAGAUGUUUAAUAGACAUUUCUUUUAGAUUGUGUCCAUUCCUUUUUGAGUACAAUCUGCCGAUUGCCAUUAAAUUAAUGGGUUAAUUAAUUUUAUAGAAAAAGCACUCCACAAAUAUUAACUGUCCCCAGUGCUGAAGCUUCUUAGAUUAUUAUUUCAAGUCUCUUAAUAAGGCUGAACAAACUUCUGCCUCUUUCUCAGCUUUUUGUGAUUUCAAAUAAAGA